AUGAAGUCUACGGCCGAUGAAAUCUUUGCCUCUCGCAACCAUCACUCAUACGAAAAGGCUUCUUCAUCUGAUGAAGACCACCUGUUGUGUGAAAAUGGGAGCUUCCUUGACCAGAAAACCCACCGGUCAAGACAUGAUGCACCAUCCAAGUACGGGCUUAUCCGGACCGCUGUCCUCAUUUGCUCCGUCGUUCUAAACGUGUCACCGCUCCAAGAAGCAAUCCGGUACAAGACAGUGCUAUUCACCAGCGGAUUCGGUAGCCAGAAAACCAAGUACAUGGGAAACUCGACUGCUGCGGAUGAUGCCUGGAAGACGCUCUACCCACGCACGGUAGUACGCAUUCCCAAGUCUUCGGCAGAUCAGCUCGUCAACCAGACGAUUCCACUGAAUGGCGACGAAGACCACUUUCCGGUUCUAAUUAGCGUCUUUCACGAGAUGCACUGCCUGGAUUCAAUCCGCCACAUCUACUUUGGUCACACUAAAGGAUUCGAUCAGAACCCAGUGAUUAAUGAGGCGAUUCUUGCACCGGAACAUAUUGACCAUUGCUUUGACUCACUCCGGCAGACGCUCAUGUGUGGUGGUGACGUUGCGCCGAUGCCAUAUAAAUGGGUAGAAGAGAGGAAAAAGGCUUUGGGGCAUUUGGAUGUGCAACACACCUGUAGAGACUAUGAAGCGCUGCUGGAGUGGGCUGGGCGGCCAGAACACGACAUCACAGGCUGGGAUGAGAAAAUUAAGCCGACCUCAAUUCCCUGA